CCUCUCGCUCUAUAAAUUGAGAGGCUGCUGAUGGUCUCAGCAUCAGACAGCAAAGACGCUUCCAAGCUACCCUUGCCUGCUCCAGCUCCAGCUCCAGCCACCACUUCUCCAGCAACAUGAAGGUGUUUGUGGUUGCCCUCACCAUCCUCAUCGCUGCCUUCUGCUACCAGACCUCUGCUGCUCCACUUGGCUCCGACCCACCAAUCUCCUGCUGCUUCUCCUAUGUCUCACGGCAGCUGCCCCGCAGCUUUGUGAAGGAUUACUACGAAACCAACAGCCAGUGCUCCCAGCCUGCUGUCGUGUUCAUCACCAGGAAGGGCCGGGAAGUCUGUGCCAACCCCAAGGAGGACUGGGUCCAGCAGUACGUGAAUGAGCUGGAGCUGGACUGAGCUCCUGCACAGACCCAGCUACUCCAUGUCCCCAGCUGCCGGGAUGGACAAGCGUGACCAGCUGGGGUCGACUGGAAGUGCUUCAAUGUCAUUUAGAGCUAGCUGAGAAACUGAAAACAUUCCAAAACCCAACUUAAUGUUGUGCUAUUUCAUUUUUUCUAGGGGAGGGAUCAGGUGCAAUAACUCUGAGAUAAAAAAUAUUUUUAUUUAAUAUGUUUUUGGGUUUUUUUACCUGUAGACUCAGAUUAUAUUUUCUGUAUUUAAGUAACUAUAUUUUUGACAUAAAAUUAAAUUCAGAUGACAAUAAAUAAAUAUUUUUG